CCCCAGGGGAUGUUACGUUCACGUUCACGGACCACUCUGGUCGGCCGAGGUCUAGUUUGUUUAUGACAAUGUUUAUUUAUUUAGUUUUUUCGUAUUGUUGUUGUCGUUUUUGUACUUUUAGCUGAUUUGUGUUGUGGGUUUUUAAAUUUUUUUUUUUUGGAAAACCGACUACUAGCAAAUUCUAGUCUCGACACGCCUUGAAGAGGCGUGUGUAACAGCAAAAAUGUCACCGAAGAAAAAGGAUGCUGUCUCGUCUUCAGAUUCAUCGAGUAGUAGUUCAUCAUCUACAAGUACAUCGUCUUCAUCGUCUGGGAGUGACAGUAGCAGCUCUGAUUCAGAAAACACUACCACUAGCGGAAAAAGUGGUGUCGGAAAGAGUUCAACAGAUUCAGAAAAGAAGCCAGUUCCAAAGAAAAGAACGAGUACAGCGUCAACGAGAAGUAAGUCCGAUUCUCAAGAGCAGGACAAAAGCAAGGAGAAAAAUGUCAAAGGCCGCCCGAGCCAGCAACACAAGAAUACAAACUUUACAUCUGACUCCGAAGAUUCGUCGCCUAAAAUGAACUCAAAGAGAAAAACACAGGCUAAACCGAAAUCUUCUGCUACAGUGACCCCGGUACCGAAAACUACACCUAAAUCCACCCAACCUCAAAAAGUUUUAGCUAAAAAAGUCAACCCACCCAGGAAAGCCGCUCAAAAAGUAGCCCCAAAAGAAACUUUAAAGCAAUCUUCAUCUCUGCCCAAACUGGAAGACCAAAAGAAACAUAAAACUAAGAGUAUUUUCAGCCCGGAUAACAGUAGUGACAGCGAUGAUAACACAUUGACCCCUCCUCCUAAACUAACAGCAAUGAAAACUGCAGCUACAAAAGUUCUCAAAACUAAGCCAAAAUCAAAAGUUGCAUCUAAAAGAACAAGCUCAGUCUCGUCAAAUUCAUCAGAAACGUCAAGAUCAUCAGGGAGCAGUUCUGAAUCAAGUAGAGCAUCUCCUAGACCAAAAACUGUGGAUCAUGCUUCUAACAAAAAAACCACCCCCGUUAAAAAGGAUAAAAAAGUAUCACCUCAUCAACCCACUUCAGAUAAUGAUAUGGUUCCAUCUAGAAAACAGACUCGCUCAUCAAGUAUGAGAAAGAGUAAACAUGUUAUGUCAAGACUUGCAAGUGAUUCUGAUUCAGAUGCAAGUAAAAUUGUUUUGAGUAAGUCCCCAACAAAGAAAGGCAACACUAAAAAUGCUACAGUUCAUAGAUCCAGACAGAAAGGAUCUAAUACUAAAGCAUUGAGUAAUGUUGUCGAAUCUGGGGAGAGACGUUGCCCUCUAGAAGAUUGUGACUCAACUGGUCACCUUAGUGGAAAAUUUGACAAGCAUUUUACACUAGAAGCCUGCCCAAAAUAUCACAAUUUGACACCUAUACAAUGCAAAGAUGCUCUCAAUGAACGACUCAAGAAAGAAGAAGAGCGUAAAAAAGCCAUGAUGUCCUUAAAGCAGGGACAUUCGAUGAACCCGACACCCGAACAAAAGACCUAUAGGGACAAAAUUAAAGAAAUUAGAAGUAAAUUUGUACCAAAAGACGACCAUCAAACAGACAACGAUCACAAAGACCGACAGCCAGAUCUAACUAAAUUGUCAAAUAAGUACGAUUUGAAAUUAUUCCAAGAAGCCCAAGCUGUAGCGAGUGAAGUUAUUGAGGACGAAUUAAAACUUCUAGCAAAUGUUCACUGCACAAAAUACAUCGAAAUGGGUAAGUUUGAGAUGGAGGUCUGGUACCAAAGCCCUUAUCCGGAUAAUUACGCCAGAUUGCCAAAGUUGUACAUUUGCGAGUAUUGCCUGCGCUAUAUGGGAGAGCGAAUGACGUUAGAAAGGCAUGUGGCCAAAUGCGUCUGGCGUCAUCCUCCAGGGGAAGAAGUUUACAGAAAAGACAAAAUCUCAGUUUUUGAAGUAGACGGGAAGAGAUAUAAAACCUACUGCCAGAAUUUAUGCCUCCUUGCUAAAUUUUUUCUCGACCAUAAAACUCUCUAUUACGAUGUUGAACCUUUUUUGUUUUACGUCAUGACAAUCAGUGACUCAGAAGGAUGUCAUACUGUUGGUUAUUUCAGUAAGGAAAAAAGUUCUUUUUUUAACUACAAUGUAUCCUGCAUUCUGACAUUGCCACCGUAUCAGAGACAAGGCUACGGGCGUCUUCUAAUUGACUUUAGUUAUCUCUUAACAAGGGUUGAAGGAAAAAUUGGCUCUCCAGAAAAACCAUUAUCUGAUCUUGGUCUCAUUUCGUAUAGAUCUUAUUGGAAGGACGUUCUUCUUAAAUACUUGUGCAACCUUGGUGGUAAACAACUAUCCUUGAAAGAUAUUAGUCAAGAGAUGGCUAUAAAUUCUUACGACAUCGUAAGCACACUCCAAGCCCUCGGGAUGAUGAAAUACUGGAAGGGGAAACACAUUAUUCUAAAAAAACAAGAUGUCAUCGACGAGUACGAGGAAAGGUCGAAAAGAAGGGGUGUCACAUACAAGGAGAUUGACAGAGAUUGUUUGAAGUGGACCCCUUUCGUCCCGCCUGAAUCAUCAUCUGGGACCACAUGAUUAAAGCCCAACCGGGCAGGCAAUGCUCGAACAAGGAUGGUUAAAUUUUUCAACACCAUCCUCAAGAAAUAGCCCAACGGUCGAAUGUAACCAAAGACUUGCUGUCACGCAAAAUAAGCAUGAUAUAAAUUAAUUUCCAUGUGAUAGUAUAAUUAAGUUUAUUUUUAAUAUUAGCGAAUGUGAUUUGACAAACAAA